AUGUGUGGAGUUGGGGAGUUGGAGUUGGGGUUGGUGCUCCUGGUUUUAGUGUCCUAUGCCGGUGGGGAAAACUACUGUGCGAGGGGUUUGUGUCCCAAAGGUAUUACCCAUAUUGGUUGUAAUAAUAAUGAAGCCUUUGGCAGCUCUUGCCCCACUAACGCCACUCUAAUACCAUUAACCCAAAAGGACAAGGACUCCAUGGUCCAGAUCCACAACACCCUACGCAACAAGUGGGCCAGUGGACAGGGAAAAAUCCAAAGAAAGGCUUGCAAAAUGGGCACCAUGGACUGGGACGAGGAACUGGCCAGGUUGGCGGAACUGAAUGUGAAAAGUUGUCAAAUGGAACACGACUCCUGUCACAAUACCCAGGAGUUUCUCCAGUCGGGACAAAAUCUUUUCAUGGUUGGUUACUUCGGGAGCGGUGAUCCAGUGACAGUACAAGACAUCCUCAACGAAGGAUUCAACGAGUGGACGGACGAGGAUGUGGCAGUCACCGAAGAGGAUUUCAAUAAAUUUCCAGAUCCAGUAGAGGGCCAAGAAAUUGGUCACUUUAUGGUGUUGAUUAAUGAGAAGAACGUAGCUGUUGGAUGUGCCAUAGUAUCCUUUUAUUUGGACGACAUUGAGUACUUCCUGGUGGCCUGUAAUUAUGCUGUUACCAAUAUCCUAGGUCGUCGGGUCUACUCCAGCUGCCCAGAGGCGGGAAUUCAGUGUCCCAAUGGCCUGGAUGCCAAAUAUACGGCUUUGUGUGUCUAG